AGCAAAUUUUAACCCAAAGAAAAACUUCAAACAUUGAAAAGAUGGACUACAUCACACUCCCACGAACUGACUUGAAAGUCUCUAGAAUUUGUCUAGGAUGCUGGCAGAUGAAUGACAACUCUGCGAAUGUCAACUGGGAUGCUCAAUCAUAUGAGACUUCAAAGGCUUGUGUAGACAAAUGCCUGGAGCUGGGUAUCAACUUCUUUGACACAGCAGAGGGUUAUGCUGGUUCGGAACAAGUACUAGGCAAGUGUUUGCAGGGCCGUAGACAGGAAGCUGUAAUUGCCUCCAAGUUUGGGUUCCGUGAAGGCCCGAAUACCCCGCCCUAUACAGCAGUACAGAUAGAUGAGGCUGUCACGCGGAGUCUUGAGAAACUCCAGACCACUUACAUUGAUCUGCUUCAGGCCCAUUUCCCGAGUUUCAUCCAGAACACGGAGGAAGCUAUCACAGAGCUAAAACGGCAGGUUGCUCUUGGAAGGAUAAAAAGUUACGGAGUAUGCAACUUUGGACCGAAAAAUCUCAAGUCUUUGCUCGGACUUGGUGUGGUUCCAACAGUCAACCAGAUUGGAUACAAUCUACUUUGGCGAUCACCUGAAAGGGAGGUAAUUCCAAUCUGCAAGGAGAAAGACAUUGCUGUUCUGGCUUACUCCCCCUUACAGCAAGGUCUGCUCAGUGGUAACUACAUGACUGUGGAUGAUGUGCCUGUUGGCAGGAGGAGAGGAAAAUUAUUUGCCCCUGAAAGCGCUGAAAAGAGCAGACAUGGAACUCCAGGGUGUGAGAAGGAAAUGUUUGAGUCUCUACGCAAGAUGAAGGAUCUAUGUGCCAAAACAGAGGUCCCAAUGGCUAAGGCUGCCAUCUCCUGGGUACUGCAGCAGGAAGUAAAGCCAGUCGUCAUUGUAGGCUGCAGAACACCUGAACAGGUCGUAGACAACUAUAAUGUUGUCAAAAUAUCAGACGAGCUGGUUAAACAGCUGUCAGAUGCGACCGACCCUGUGAAGGAGAAAAUUGGAACAGCCAUGGACCAGUGGGUACACCCAGACCGAUGUGAAUAAAACGUGUCAUGAGACACUCCUAGUCUACCCCUGGAGUGGAAGGAUGGGCACCAGGUUGUCAGUUGCUAAAUCUCAUGGGAUCAAUCUCUAAGGAUCUAGAUGCAAUAGAUUUUGUGAUUGACAUUUAGAUACCUGGCCUGCACCUUGCCUUUUGCUUAUGUCCCCUCCCCCGAAUAACCUUCCUCCCCAACCCCAUUCCCUUUUAAUUUGUAACCGUCGUUUAGUGUCAAAGGAAAGCCUAGAGGGUUAGACAUAGCUCAGGAUAAUCUUGAUUGUAUCUAUAAUCUAUCUAUAAUAUAACAAAUUAUUACACUCUGUUGGGUUGUCAAACAGAUUAUUAAAUGUUAUAGGUACAUCCAUUUUUAGCAGGUUUGCUCAUAUGGUAGCAUUUUUCCAACAAAAUUAAGAAUUUACUUUACUGAAUCAGAAUUUAAGCUAUUAACACUUAAGUCUUGAAAACAAGCUCUGUUCUUUUCAGAUCAGGCUUACAUUUUAAGCCAGUUUAGCAGUAUACCAUACAAAGUCCCUCCCUUUAAUGUUUAGGUUCAAGUUAGGUUGUAUGCUUAGAACUACAUGUAACUGAUAGUAUUGGCAACAAUGUUUGAGGUUUACUGAAAUCCUAUUAAAAUUAACAUUUUAUUUGUUAUAUGUCAUUUUUGUUAAUAUUACCAGUUACUGAUUUUUACAAUUUUAGUGUAUAAUUUUUUACUUCUAGCCAUGAUAAAUCACGUCUUGAAUGACUUUGUUCAUUAAGCUUUCAAUACAGGGACCAUAUUGUAUGUUUAAUGCAGUAUCGUAGGCAUUGUGCCAAACUGCUGUCAAUGUUCACUUCAUUAUUUUAUAAAACCACAAACUUUGCAAAAUAUAAAUCCAAUUCAGAUGUAAUGAUAUGACUGUUUUCAUCUUUUUUAACUAACAGAGAAAGGGAAAUAUUGAAACAAGGCAAACUUUCAUUUUUCAAGAUUUCAGUUAACAUAUUAGGCAUUUUAUAUUUAUUUUUGAUUACUUUGAAGACGCUAUUGAUAAAUAGGUGUUGUUUUAGAUCCCCCAUCUGUUGGUGGUUGUAUUGUGGAUUUUAUGAUGGAUUUCCAUUGUUGUUUAAUAAUUAAAACUUACAUGUAAUUGAUUUUUUCAUGAUUUACCGUAAUUAUUGCUGUUCUGUGAACAAUAUAGUUAUGUUUAGUGAUUGUCAAAUUAUUCAAUAAAAAUAUUGCUAAUAAAUAUUAUAAUUAU